AUGGAAUUAAAUCAAAUAAAAGUUAGUUUAAGCUUAUCAAAAUCGGAAAUUGAUAUUAUUAGAUAUUCUUGGCAAGAUAUGUUAAUUGAAAAUGAAACAACUUUCCCUAGACCAACAAUUAGAUCAACUAAUCCUUCAAUUCCUGGAGGAUAUCCAGAAGAAUACCCCAAUGAACCAGAUAAUCAAACCAUAGCUGCAAGUGUGUCCGACAGAGUAAAGGCUAAAUCUUUAGCGCGGGCAACUACUUUAUUCUGUCAGCAAUUAUACAAGAAUUUAUUAGAUCGCGAUCAUGCAUUAGAAAGAAUGUUUCCAUCCAUUAAACACCAAGCAACACAUUUUGCUACCGUGUUGACAGUUGCAGUUAUGCAAUUAGACGAUUUAUCCACUUUAGACGAUUAUUUAUGUAGAUUGGGUAAAAGGCAUGCUCGAGUUUUAGGUGUCGAGCCAGCACAAUUUGAACUAAUGGGAGAAGCUUUAGUCGAAACAUUCCAUCAAAGAUUUGGAGCUAGAUUCAAUCAAGAAUUGGAAAUUGUGUGGAUUAAAUUAUAUCUUUACUUAGCAAACACUAUUUUACAGUUUGGAAUUGAUCCAGUUAUGAAAUUAGAACAAGAACAACUUCCUGCUUAUGAUAAUCGCGUUUACAACCAAGAAACAAAUAUGGGUUCUGAGCCAGAUUGCCCAAUGGAGGUAUGGGAUGUAGAGGCACCACCUCUAUUGACUCCUAAGAUCAUUCUGGUGCCUUCUCCCACAAUAUAUGACGAUUUCGAUCAAACGAGCAUGGGACGAGGAUACCAUUCCGCAUGUCCUUCAUAUGGUAACCAAUAA